GCUCGAGCUCGAGGCCACCCAGCCUCCCGCCGGUCCCGCCGCGGGGCCCAGCGGGGAUUCGGUGGAAAUGAGCCACCCGCACCCCGCCGGAUUACUUGCAGCAUAUAAUAGUCUUACAGAUAAACACCUGGCUGGAUAUUUCAACAAUACACGCAUCAGGCGGCAUCUGUUACGGUCAGGGCUGAUCACAAGAAAUGGAAGAAUACUUUCUGAAAAAGAAUACAAAGUAAAUAUCAUGAAGCGAGAUCACCAAAAAUGUAUCCGAGAGUGCAUAGCCCAGGCUAUCUUCCGUAAGGUUCUCGACAUGGAGCGUCACCAUCAGAUGGAAAUCAAAAGAAAACUCGAGUCCUCAGCUAAGAAAGAACGAGUUCAGAGACUUAAGGGGGAACAUACAAGACGAUUUGUUGAAAAUAAUAUUCCCAUCCUAUCUCCCCAUCCCCCAGCUGGCCCAAAGACCAACCGUGGCCAUAGUGUUCGGGUUGACCAAGGACAUCCCAGUCCUUUAACACUGACAGCCCCCCGACCAUAUACUGCCCCAGGAAAUAUGCAGCCUCCAGUUCGGCUACAGCCUCUCCUCAGUAAUUACUCAGCAAGAAAUGCUUCAAAGGUGACUCUGGGUUCCAGAUUGAAAACCUCAUUUCUGGAGAAGGAAGCACCCUUUCCCAUUGGGGGCAAGAAGGCAAUGAUGAAGUUCAGGAACUCCUUGAACAGCUCCCAGAGAGUGAGCACAUACCACCUUCCGGACAUCACCGGUCACACGAUGCCUGUGCCUCCACCGCUUCCUCCGCGAGGAAAGGCACUCCAGGAAAACAAGACUGAAACAUGGAGGAGGAGGAGGAGACUCCGCCCCAUCACCGUUCCCAAUGGGCUGGAGCCGCUCUUCACCAGGGAUUCAGGAAGGAUUCAUAAAACAUCACUGCAUAGUAAUGCAGUUAUUACAAUGGUCUACUUGGGGAAGAAUGUGCACCUAUCUUAUGACGACAAAAACUUCCAAGAUGAGAUAAAAGUGUACCAGCAGCACUGCGGUGGAGAAAACCUUUGUGUCUACAAAGGCAAGCUCCUUGAGAAAGACACCUUUCAGUUCAUCUCCAAACGCCACCAUGGCUUUCCAUUCAGCCUCACCUUUUUCCUGAACGGGAUGCAGGUAAACAGGUUAAGCUCCUGCUGUGAGUUCAAGCAUCGCAGAAGCUCCCGCCUAGGUGGCAAAGGCGGCCUCUUUGGCUUCGUGUGUGUAGAGAAAGCAUCUCCUUGCUACAGGUGCAUUAUCGCAAUGGGCCUUGACAGGAAGACAUCUUCAGUGAAACCGCGGAAAGACAAGAGCACAGAGAAAAGGGAGGAGCUGAGGAAGGGUCAAGGGAAACUGAGGAAGGGCAGAGAACACUUGAAGUCUCGGACAAACGAGAUAAAGGGAGAUGAAAGCUCGGUCUCAGCCAUUGUAUCAGCUCAAGACUUAAUGGGAGUCAGAGAAGUGAGAACUGCCAUGGAAGAGAUGGAAUGGAAAAGAAAGCCAGGACAGUAUGUUUGGGAGGAAGACCAAGAAAACACAUUUAAAUAUGACUAUGAAGAAGAUUUUGAAGUAGAAGAGGAGAAGCAAGAUGACAAAGCUAAUGAAGACCAACAGGCUUAUGAUCAAAUGAAUGAAAUAUCAAAGUCACCCACUGACAGUGAAAAAGAUAAUUUAGGUCUUGAAAAGGAGACAGAAAUCUCAUCCCAGAAGACACCAGAUGCUGAGGACAUUGAAGAUGAGGAUAUUGGAUGCUUGGAUAGUGAAGAGGAAAAGGACAAACAAGAUAUUAAAACUGCUUCGUCCAUCUCAUCUAGAAGUCACCCCUACUCCAGUGAAAGUGAUGAUGAAUCUUCAGAAAGGGACAGGAAAGCCCACACUGGAAGCAGUACCAGCCACAGCACCAGAAGUUCCUCUUCGGUGGAGUGGAAUGCAGAUGACAGGACAGGAAAGCCCCGCCUCCCGGCUGAAGUCUCCUUGCCAACUGAGAUGAGAAAAAAAGAAACAACAAAAGGAGGCGUGGUAGACAGACCUCUGUUGACAGAGGCCAGUCGUGAGCAUGUUCUUCAGGAAGAAAUGGAGGAGGGAACCCGAGAGAUUGCAGAGGAAGGGUCUGGGAAGCCCAGGGAGCCUGCUUCUCGGGAGGCAAAGGAUGAAUGUGAGCUUUGGGAAGGAGGCCUUGGUGAGGAGCGUGACAGAAAGGCAGGUGUCCCUGGGGUGGAGAAAGGGGUUGGACCAGUAAUAAGCGAAGCCCUGGGGCCAGGCUUCCACAGCCACUCUGACAUCACAUCUGAUAUGAGACGCUCAGAGGAGGGUUCAAACCCAAUGAGGGAGCUGGAGAUUGACUCAAGUGGAGCGCCAAACUGGAAUUAUGUGCUGGAGAAAAGGGCAGCAUGCACCUCAGAUGAGAAAUCCAACAAUGUUGAGCGAGAAACACACACAUUGGAGAAGAAAGUCGUGAUGGAGGAGGAUGAGUCCCCGAGGCCUGGAAAGGGGGCCGUAGCCGUGAAGCAGAAAACAGAGGACACAGAGGUUCCCUUGGAAGAGAAGAAGGAAACGGCGAAGCCGGGAGCACUGGCCGGAUGCAUGGCAGCAGCCGCAGAGGGCAGCGGGAGGCCUAGAGAAGAGGAGCGAAGCCGCCCGGGCCGAGCCGCAGGCGGGCGCCGGGUGACUCCGAGGGGCGCUGGCGCUGCAGGAGGGCAGGCCGCGGGGGCCCCCGGGCUGCUGCGGGGCUGCGCGAACACCUCGCUCACGCAGCGCCCCAGCCUGAGCGCGCAGCAAGGGCAGCAGACAGGGCCAGCGAACCCCGAGAUGCCAGAGGCCGAGACUCGGGGGGCGGAGCGGGAAGCUGGGCCCCAAGCGCGGGCUGCUGCCCGCAAAGGCGAAGAGAGGACACCCGCCCAGCCAGGGGCGCCGCGGGACCCAGCGGGCCAGAGAGGCGGCUCUGGGGACGAGCCCCCCGGGGGCCCCCAGGUAGCAAGAGACCGGGGUGACCCGGGACCUGAGAGGGGAGAGGCGGCCCGGGCAGAGCCCUUCGAGGGCGAGGACGCCGCCGAGCCCGGGCAUGGAGGAACCGACCCGGGGGACGCGGCGAAGGCCAGCCCCGCACAGGGAGCGACCCCGGCCUCCGCGGAGGAACCAGAGCCCGACGCCCACCGGGCGGAGACCCGGGCGGCAGCUGGGCUGCAGGACGAGCCAGGGCUUGCCGAGGAGUCAGCGCCCAGCGGCCGCAUGGUGACCCUACCCGAGGCCGCCCGUGCAGAGCCACCUGAGGGGACGGCCGCGGCCGCAGGGGAGCGCGAGGAGCCGCCGUCACUCGAGGCCCGCGCAGCUGAGGGGACGGCCGCCGCCGCAGGGGAGGAUGAGGAGCCGCCGUCACUCGAGGCCCGCGCAGCUGAGGGGACGGCCGCGGCCGCAGGGGAGGACGAGGAGCCGCCGUCACUCGAGGCCCGCGCCGCUGAGGGGACGGCCGCGGCCGCAGGGGAGGAUGAGGAGCCGCCGUCACUCGAGGCCCGCGCCGCUGAGGGGACGGCCGCCGCCGCAGGGGAGGACGAGGAGCCGCCGUCACUCGAGGCCCGCGCCGCUGAGGGGACGGCCGCCGCCGCAGGGGAGGAUGAGGAGCCGCCGUCACUCGAGGCCCGCGCCGCUGAGGGGACGGCCGCCGCCGCAGGGGAGGACGAGGAGCCGCCGUCACUCGAGGCCCGCGCCGCUGAGGGGACGGCCGCGGCCGCAGGGGAGGACGAGGAGCCGCCGUCACUCGAGGCCCGCGCCGCUGAGGGGACGGCCGCGGCCGCAGGGGAGCGCGAGGAGCCGCCGUCACUCGAGGCCCGCGCCGCUGAGGGGACGGCCGCGGCCGCAGGGGAGGACGAGGAGCCGCCGUCCCUCGAGGCCCGCGCCGCUGAGGGGACGGCCGCGGCCGCAGGGGAGGACGAGGAGCGUGCGAGGAAGGAGCUGGAAGGCCUUGGUGGACUCGAACCAGAGGAUGGAGAGAGAGCCGGGCUGCCACAGGCGGCAGCUGGCAUGCUGAUGCCAAGCAAGGAGAUGGGCCCUGCGCGGGGUCCAGCCCUGAGGGAGGACUUCAGCGGGGCAGGGAGAGAGGAGCCCCAGGAGGAGGAGGAGGGGCGGCCUCCAUGCCCUCUGGGCACACGAAGGCCCGCGCGCCGCAGUGGCGGUGGCCGCCCUGGAGAGGCGGGAGAAGAGGCCACGCUCGCAGAUCGCUGGCGGGGCCGCGGGGAGCAGGGCCUCCCUCGGGGGCGCUGCCGGCGGGGGCCUGAGGCCGGAGGCCGGCCGGCCCGGGGCUGA